AUGGCGGAUACCAAACUUAUUGUUAUCAUUGGUAUUACAGGUAACCAAGGAUCAUCUGUCGCGAACAUAUUUUUGAGCCUCCCAGGAUGGCGAAUUCGCGGCAUUACUCGCGAUCCAUCAUCUGCGGCCGCUCUUGCAUGGAAAUCCAAAAACGUUGAGCUUGUGCAAGGCGACGUCGACGAUAUUCCCUCCUUGAAACGCGCCUUCUCAGGCGCAUCCUCUAUCUUCGCGGUCACCAACUUUUGGGGCCACAUGUUCGACCCCUCAAACUAUCCCAAGGCUCAGCAGGCCGGUUUGUCCAUCAACGAGUUCGCCUACCAGCGUGAGAUUUCACAGGGCAUGAACAUGGCCGUCGCCGCCAGCGCCCCAGAGAUUCUGUCCACCCUAACGCACUUUGUCUUCAGCAGCUUAAGCAACGCCAAGAAAUGGUCAAGAGGAAAAUACACGCAAAACUGGCACUUCGACGGCAAGGCGGUCGUGACAGACCGAAUACGCGCAGAACUGCCAGGGCUCGCUGCCAAGUUGAGCAUCGUGCAGGUUGGAACCUACGCCUCGAACUGGAAGAACGUUGUAGGGCGACCACUGAAGCAAGACGACGGUUCGUUUCUCAUCUCUAUCCCUGCCGGACAGAGCUCGCCAAUCCCGUGGAUCGUUGUGGAUCAAGAUACCGGCAUCUUUGUUAAGGCGCUCGUUGAGCAGCCGGCCGGGAAGACUGUUCUGGCGUUGUCAGAGUGGGCGACAUGGACGGGUUUCUGGACACUUUGGUCCGAGGUCUUGGGGCUCAAAACCGAGUUCAAGGAGGUUUCACCUUCCGAGUACGUCGAAUCCCUACCGGAGCCGGCGAGGGCGGAGUUUUUGGAAUCAAUGCUUUACAGCAACGAGUUUGGCUAUACUGGGGGAGACCCAGAUGUCCUAUCUCUUCCGGACCUCGACUCCCAGGCGAAGCCUACAGGCUUGAGGGAGUACAUGGAGACGGAGGAUUGGUCGCCCCUUAUGGAGUAG